AUGAUAAUACCAGAUACUGAAAUAUUGUUUAUCUGUCCCAAACAUGAGCAGGUACUUGUAGAGUUCGAUGAUUGUGACUGGCAUAAACGUGAAUGGGUAAAAGUUCAUGAAGUUUUUCAAAUAUUUUGGGUGGAACAUACGUUAGUGUGGGCUUAUAGAGCUGAUCCUAAUAAAAAUCAGUCUGAAGUGCUUUGGCCAGGAUUGUCUUUUAAGCCAUUAGUGGAUAAAGCUAGUUUAGGCAACAGUAAGAGGAAACCAGUGGAGUUUUUUCUUGAUCGAUACCUAGGAUUAGUGGAGGAAAAGGAUUUUUCUAUUUAUCAGUUUGAUGUAAAAGCAUAUGGUCAUGGAUAUUGGUGGUUUGGCCAAAAAUUUGAACUUUCAAAAGACUUAAAAGAACUGAUUGUAAUUAAGGGAAGUGUACUUUAUCAAGCACCUGUAGGUCAUACUGUUCUUUUAGAUAUUGUGCUGAUGUAUAUGUUGAAAAAAACAUUUAUCAAAAAGUUUAUGUUAUAA